AUGAUGCGAUCAAUCUCUGUAAUGCGCGCUGGCAAAUACGUGUCGGAGUCAAUCGACGCGCAUACAGCAUGGAUCAAUCAUAUUCCUUAUGACAUACUUGAACACUUUGAGGUUCCCCGGCCUCAAGUCGUGAACCGAACUGUCAACACGACGAUCGCCAGGGCUCUCUUAGAAGGAAAGUUGGUUCAGUCCGAUCGCUCCCUGCAGGAGAUUCUUUCUCCUCUCCCGGCCAUCCAACAGCGACCCGGGCACAAGAUUGGCUUUUUUGAGCAAGGUAUCAUUACAGGCGGGCUCAUCACCCUUACCUCGUUGAUUACAAUUGUCUCAGCUGCGGGAUAUUGGGCUUUGAGAAUGAGGUAG